AUGCAGUACGAUCACCUCUUCUCGUACACCGUCAUCGGCGACCCAGGCGUCCGGAAGUCGUGCCUGGAGCGGCAGUUCACGGCCAGGGCGUUCCCGGAGGCGCACGAGCCCACCAUCGGCGUCGAGUUCAGCACGCGCACCCUCACCGUCCACGACAAGCGCAUCAAGCUUCACAUCUGGGAUACGGCUGGCCACGAAUCAUUCGUAUCUGCUGUUGACCAAUGCUACUACAGAGCUGCUUGUAUCAUUUUGGUUUAUGAUAUCACAAGGAGGGAGACCUUUGAUCAUAUUGCUAUAUGGCUAUCAAGAGCAAGAAAGCUGUCGAAAGCCGGCGUGACAUUUGUGCUGAUCGGGAACAAAUGCGACCUGUCUCACAUGCGUGCGGUCAGCUAUGAGGAAGGGCGAAAGUUCUCCAGGAGGCACAAUCUGGUGUUCAUGGAGGCCUCUGCAAAAAUCACACAAAAUGUUGAAGAGGCAUUCGUUAUUACCGCAGAAACAGUAUACAAGAAAGUCCAAGAUUGAUUUAUCUGAAAAG